AUGGUGGGCCGGCUGAGCCUGCAGGAUGUGCCCGAGCUCGUGGACACCAAGAAGAAGGGCGACGGCGUCCUGGACAGUCCGGACUCAGGGCUGCCCCCCAGCCCCAGUCCCAGUCACUGGGGGCUCGCGGCGGCUGGGGGCGGCGGCAGCGGCGGGGAGCGCGCGCCGGUCCCCGGGACGCUGGAGCCCGACGCGGCGGCGACCCCCGCGGCCCCGAACCCAGCAUCUCUGCCCAGCCCUCUGACCUUUGCCUGCUCACCAAGGCUGUGCCCUCUGUCCUUUGGCGAAGGAGUAGAGUUUGACCCCUUACCACCAAUGGAAGUAAGGUACACGUCGUCCGUCAAGUAUGACUCCGAGCGGCACUUCAUCGACAACAUCCACCUGCCCCUGGGCCUGGCAGUGGCCUCCUGCAGCCAGACCGUCACCUGCCUCCCCGACUCCACCUGGCGCAGCUACAAGGCGGAAGUGCGCUUCGAGCCCCGCCACAAGGCUGCCCGCUUCCUCAGCACCACCAUCGUCUACCCCAAGUACCCCAAGACCAUCUACACCACCACGCUGGAUUACAACUGCCGCAAGACGCUGAGGAGGUUCCUGUCCAGCGUGGAGCUCGAAGCCUCAGAGGUCCUGGGCAGCGACGGCCUCUCUGAUGAGUGCUGACGGGGGCGGGGUGGGCUCGGACCGGCUCUUCCGCUGCCCUCGAGGGGCCCACGUGCUCCAGAGGAGUCUGGCCUCGUCGUUGCCCCUCAAAGUCCGGCCUGGGGAAGAAAACAAUGUCACAGCCUCUUAUAGUCAUGGAGAGAACUGGGUUUUUUAAAGUGUUCAGAUUGGUCUCCAAAGGCGUGUAUUUCUCAUUUGCCGCUGCAUGGCUUCCCCAAAGUCUCAAUUUGUUGAACAAAUAGAAAGCCAACUGGAGCGAAAGGAAAAUGGCCCCAGUUUGAAAUAGGGAGGGAGAAGAGGGCUCUUCUCCUCUCGGCCGGUUAGCCUGAGGAAGAGCGUGGAUAAAGUCUCUGGGCUGGAAAAAGUGAGCUGUAAGACCUUCCAGCCCCGAGUCAUCUUCCCCCACAGCAGUGCUGGUUCCCUGAGCUGUGACCACCAACUGGGUCCAACCUGUGGAGAGCUCAGUUCCACUCCAUCAUUUAUUUUCUUUUCCAUUUGUAUUCCUGUUCACCCAAACUCUUAGAAUUCUCUACAUCCUCUUAUCAAAAAAACCCCAAGCCACAAUAUAAGAUGCCUUUUUAAGAAAGAGAGAAAAGGUUCACCCUGUUCUCCCCACUCUUCAGGAGGCUCACAUCUACCAGGGACCCAUGUGAGAGCCGUGGCCUCAGUUCUGGGUCCUUCCACUGGUAGGGUCCGAGCUUGGGCAAAGUGCCUUGAACACUUGGCAUCUGGUAAUGUCUCCCCAGGCUUGUGUAACUCUCCUGAUAUGUAUUUUGGGUUUCCAAAUACUUUCCUAUUUUCUUCAUAAGAUAAAACAUAGCCUAGAGAAACAGCAUUUUGAAGGACUGCUGAGGGAAACCACUUUUGGGGACUCCAUAAGGUUUCGGCUCAUGCAGGACUGGCUGGCGUCUGGGAGAGGCAGAUGUAGAUGUUUCCAGUGACCUGCUUCAUCAGCAUGCGCGUCCUUUCCAGGGACCCCGGGUCAACUUCGACGGGGUCAACACCGCAGAGGAAUUCUGCAGUGCCUUAAGUCUAAGCCAGAAAGCAAGAAAAUCGCCCCAUCGUUCCCUCCAGGUGCAGGAAAGGUGACUUCAGGAUAGGGAUUGAUGUCACAAGCCAAACCCCAAAACUUGGGCGCCGUUGGGAUGGUGCAUGUUUCUUGUAAGUGCUUACUGUAACGUAAGUGACAAUCAUGGCGUUUGGCGCAUGUGGAGGACACUUCGAGAGCUCAGCUGAGCCAGGCUCAGAAGCAGAAGGGGUGGCUGGGCCAGAGGCUGUUGUGGGCCAGGCUGUGUCUGGCUUCAGCCCACGGCCCCCCCUGCCUCCCCACCAGCCCAUGCCUCUUCCUCCUGCCAAGCCCUGAGGGGUUUGAGUGAAAAAUGUGGCAGGCGGCCUUUUCUCUUCCAAUAUUGGAAAGAACAAUCCGUGAAUAUUUCCUUUGAAUACAUCCAAAUUAGACCAUGUGCUUGAGGGUUGUAGAGUAUUGUAAACCCGGAUUCCCGCUGUAUUUUGGGGUUUCUGUUGAUGGCUUCUGUGUGUCCUGAAAACGGAAUCGAGAGCUGUCUGGGGACCGUGGAGCCACAGCAGGGAGUUAUGUUCUGAGGAGAGCAGGCGUGAUGAUAAUCGCUCUCAAAGUCAUUCGAAGCCUCUAGAGCCAAACUGUCCGGUGUCUUCUUCAGCUUUAAUGUAGUGUGGUCCGUCAUGCCCCUAACUGUUGGACGAAACCCUCGGUAGAGGCUUUGAGUGGGUUCGUGGUCCCCAGUUUGCCACAGUGAAGCUCAGUGGCGACCCGUAAAGGUGGCACUCUGGGACUCCAGGACCUCCGUUAUGCAGAGUGACAGAUGCUGUCCUCCUUUGGAAGAGUAAAUUACAUGGCAUUUCUUGAUGAAAAUGGAUUUUUUUCCUCUCUGAUUUCAUAAUCGUGGCAUUUAAGACAAGCGGUAAAUGUAAUUUUUAAAUUAUGUUAAGAGAGUUCCCAAGGCUUUGUGUCCUGGCCCAGUGGGGACACGUGGAUGAGCUCAGAACGAUAUUGUAGGCAGCGUGGCAGGAGAGACAUAUGGGAGAACAUGGCCAAAACGGCAACGUUUUGAGAUGUCCGUAUGAGAUUUUGUUUUGUUUUUGGAGGGUUGGGUUAAGUUUGGACAAAGCAUUCUAGCUGUGGAGAGAAUCUGAAAUAUAUCAGUAAAGUAAGUAGAAAUGAGUCAUUGUGAAUGGGUAAGGCAAAUUGAAAAGCAGGUUUUAUCUUAAGUUAUUCGCUAGGGAACUAACUGCAGUUCUUUCUAAUCCUUUCUUUCUCUUCAAACCUGCUUUGCGGCAAAUUACAGGAAAGAAGCGUAAGAAGAUGUAAUGGGACACUUCAGGGUGGAUCAAAUGACAUUGAUCUUGGUGGACUUGUGUGUGACUUUACGAGGUGGAAGCAAUGAUUUUUAAAAUUCCUUAAAACCAACCAUUCUUAAGCAUAUCUGAGAGAUACGGUUUACUUAUGAAUUAAAAAGUCUUUUUUCUCAGUCUCUUAAAUUAUAGCUUUCAUGUAAGAAGGAUGAUUUGUAUUUUCAGAGAAAAGUUGUUUCCUUUUCAAAGUCAGACCUUUUGAAAAGAAUAAUUACCUUUUCAUUUGACUCUUUUCCUGUUUCUAACCUUAGGAAAUCCAGAACAGUGUUUGACAAAAACUAUUUUUUAAAUUUAUCUUUGACAUCUGUCCCAUUCCAUUUUGCUUUGUGACCUCUUCAUUUAACAAUAAAUU